CGCCCCGAAAGAUUUCCUAGAUCCCCUCAACCACGACUCGCCCUGACCACCAUUAGAUUGUAAAAGACCAUCUAUUGGGAGACUGUCAAAAUGUCGAAGAUCACAGUCGCUAAUGUCCGGACGCAAGUCGCCGAGCUCUUGGAGUACUCCAACGAGACCAAGAAGCGCAACUUCCUCGAGACCGUCGAGCUCCAGAUCGGCCUGAAGAACUAUGAUCCCCAGCGUGACAAGCGUUUCUCUGGCACUAUCAAGCUGCCUUCCAUCCCCCGCCCCAACAUGGCUGUCUGCAUUCUUGGUGACCAGCACGAUAUCGACCGUGCCAAGCACGGUGGUGUCGAUGCCAUGUCCGCUGAUGACUUGAAGAAGCUGAACAAGAACAAGAAGCUCAUCAAGAAGCUCGCCCGCAAGUACGACGCCUUUGUCGCUUCCGAGGCCCUCAUCAAGAUGAUUCCUCGUCUCCUCGGCCCCGGUCUGUCCAAGGCCGGCAAGUUCCCCACCCCCGUCUCCCACUCCGACGACCUCACCGGCAAGAUCAACGAGGUCAAGUCCACCAUCAAGUUCCAGCUCAAGAAGGUUCUGUGCAUGGGUGUCGCCGUCGGCAACGUCGAGAUGACCCAGGAGCAGCUCAUUGGCAACAUCAUGCUCGCCAUCAACUACCUCGUCUCUCUCCUGAAGAAGGGCUGGCAGAACGUUGGUAGCCUUACCAUCAAGGCUACCAUGUCUCCUCCCAAGCGCCUGUACUAAGUGUACUUCAUUUGGUCUCUGCCUGAGAUGGCCUAACAAUCUUGUCCGCUGAGACGUGGACAAUGCAGCUUAGACUAGGAUGGCGGAAAAAUUGAAGACUUUUGGACAAUU